ACAAACUUUCUGCAUAAACAGCGUCUCUUGGUGUAGCCAUUAGUUGUUAUUUUUUUUUUUCCUUUUCUUGUGUUUUUUUUCUUCUCUUUGAUUCUGGAAAUAUAGACAUUAGUUCUUGAAAGUUGAAACCCCACUCAAUAUGCUUUUCCUUUUGCAAAACAGGGAAUUUCAAUGGAUUUGUCAAGUGGAGACAGGUAAAAGGGUUAAAAUGGUGAAGAGAAGCAGAGGAAGAGUGCAAAAGAAGAAGAGUGUCCGGGUAUUGGUACGCAGAGACUUCCAGAGUACGCAGAAACGCAUUGGCUGCAGCAAUUCCGUUAGACAGGCAGCGUUUAGGCAACAAGCAGAUGCCCCCCCAUGGUACAAUGCAACAGCGCCAUCACCACCACUGCCACCAUACCCGGCACCACCAACACCACCACUACCGCUAUCAACACCACCACUAUCAUCACCACCACCACCACCACCACCACCACCACCAUGCCCACCACCUCUACCACUAUCACCCACACCCUGCAUGCCACCUCUGCCAAAGAAAAGGGGCAGGAAGAAGAAAAGACUGGAUGAAGUGGCAGCUAUUCCUUUUGGCCCCACAAUCGGAAGGAGUGGACAAAAGAUAGAUGGUAAAGUUCCUCUUCUCAACAGUGCUCAGCAAUCCACAAAACGGAUCCCUGAAAGACGGAUAGCCGAACUUAUCCUUGACAUGCUACAAAAGAGAGAUACGCAUGAAAUCUUUGCUCAGCCAGUUGACCCAAAGGAGGUGGUGGGGUACUACACUAUGAUUCAAAAUCCAAUGGAUCUUGGUACUAUGAGGGCAAAACUUCAAGAAGGAAUGUACACUGGUCUGGAUCAAUUAGAGAAAGAUGUUUUUCUCAUGACUGGCAAUGCAAUGCUCUUCAACUCAUGUGUUACCAACUACUUCAGACAGGCCCGUGCUAUACAUGAACUGGCAAAGAGAAUCUUUCAUACUCUAAAAACUGAUCCAGAAAAAAUUCUACUGGAGAUCUCACAAACAAGAAAACGUGAGAAGAAAUCCCAAGGUGAAAUCAGAGGUUCCCAUGUUAAGCAUGGGCAAAAGAAAAUAGCUUACUUUGGGUCAGAUGGUGAAAAUGCUUCUGAUGAAUUUUUUUCUGGGUCUGGAGGUGGUGGAAAUGAGAACUCUGAAUCUGGAAGGCACCAAAUAUACAAGUUUCCUUCUUCUGCAACGACUGAGAAUGAGUCAAUAAUUUCAACAAUUUAUGGUUCCUCAAAUCAACUUGUACCUGGUAACUGGGAUAUUGGUUACGAGGAGUGUAUGCUGCACCAUGUUAAAGAUUUGGGACAAACUGCUCAAAAUGAGGCAGAGGAGAAAUUGGGAGACUUGACUCAGACACCUCGGCAUUCUGUUCAGGAUUCUAGUUAUCUGACAUCUUUUCAAGCGAACCAACACACAUCUGCUAGUAUGGAUGGAAUCCUUGGUGGUGCAACUGCAGAUGCCAAUAACUCAUUUGUCAGCCAUGGAGCCAUUUCUAAAAACAAGAAUUCUCUCACCAUAGAGAGAAUAGAUUUGGGCAGUAAUGCUCAGAGAGGAACGAUUCAGGGUGCUGCUUGCAAAGGAAAGAGCGUUCUCAUUUAUGAUCGCAUGAAGCCCCAAGGUGGUGCUUGUAGAAGGUCAUCUAUUUCUGGAAGGCUGGAUUUUCAAAAUUUUCUCCUUGAAGAAGCUCUCCGUCGCAAAGACAAGGGCAUUCUCAUUGGUGACCGCAUGGAUCUUCACACUGGUGCUAGUGGAGGAAAGAAAGCUGUGUCUCAAAGGCAGGAUUUUCAACGUUUUCUUCACGAAGGAACUCGUUAUGGCGGAGGCACAACCGGAAUUUGUGGUGCUUUACCGGGGGAGAGGGUUCAUGAUGAUGAUAGGAAGGGUAUUGACAGAGCUCAAAAUAAAGACAUUGAUGCUGGUAUUAGAGUUAGACCCUCCUUACGGAUUAUCAAUUUGAGUGAUAAAAAGGAUAUUGCACAAGCUGUUGGAGGAUAUGCUACUCGUCAAAGUGAUUACACCAAGGGCAUGUUAGGCUUGGACUAUCUUAUGUUUGGAGAAGACCACCUACAUGGGUGUGACAAUGCCAAGUUAACAGAUCCAAGCUUUAAGUAUAUGGAUCUUCUUCUAGGGGAUUCAGAUUCUGAAGAUACUCAAAACGGCCAGAGCCAAUUGGAUUCUUUUCUCUUCAAUGCUGGAGUUGCAGACGUAAACAAUCCGCCCCCUGUGAUGACCGGUAGCUGCAGCAAGUACAUGUCUAUGGAUAAUAAGAUGAUAGCGGGCUCUGGACAGUUAUGCGAUCAGGUGCAGCAGCCGUCAGAAUUCUUUGGAUCAGAUUCAGGGUCAGGGCUGCUUGAUUGCGUACGCCGACCCAGAUCAUGUGUAUACCCAUCGACAAUUGUAAAUGCAUUGGGUCCGGGUCAGGACAGCACCAUGUUGCAUCACGGCUUGGACAAGGACUCUAAGUCCCUACUGAACCCUUAUUAUGGAGCUAGCUCACGCCAGGUGCAAGGAAUCCACGAUUUCCUGCCAAUGCAGCCACAUCUCAACCUGCUUAACGAUCUCAAUGAUCCACUGGGAGAGGUGUAUAGAAACCACCAGCCCCAGCUGGGUCCUUCUUCAUCAGUAGCUCCAUUCAUCCAAAUGCAGUCUACUGAGGUAUAUCCACAGCAAUCCAAUGAGACAUCAUACCUAGUUGGCCAGGAUGCAUUUUUCGCACAGAAAGGGCUCAACCUCAUGCCAAGUCCUUCUCACGUGCAACUGCAACAGUACAACCCCAACUUGCUGAAUGAUCCUUUGGGGCAGAAUGCAUUUGGGCACCCCACACCACAGCUCCCGGUGGCUUCUUCUUACAUGCCAAGUGAGGUGAAUAACCCGCCGGUGCAUAAAGUGUUCAUGCAAGUAAAGCCUCAAGAUGAUGAUAAUGUACUGGGCCAGAGUUUACUUCUUCAGCAAGAGCCACAAGCACAGCUUCUGAACGACAACAAUGCUCAAAUCUGGAACUUUCAGCAACAGUCGUCCUUGGGAGGCAUUCGGGACCCUGAUUUGGCCCUUCGUCUGAGAACCCGGAACCAAGUGUCUUUGAAGAAAUGAAAUGGACGAUGGAGAAACGAGAGCAGCCUAGGGAAGGAGGAGAAACCGAAGGAUCAGUAUGGUUUAAUUAGUAUUGUCUUUCAAAUAUUUCCCCUGAUACUAUUAUAUCUAUAGCUACCUAAACUUAGUAUAACUAAAAUGACUGUCUAGUUAUAUCUAUCCUCUUGCAUCGUUGCGGAUCAUUUGGACUCAUGCUAUAUAUGAUUGGGUGAUCUUAUAUAUAUAUAUUUGUGGUAGUGG